AGCUCUGAAUACCGCACGGUCAGGGAGGCAUGAAGACGAUAAGCGGGAUACAUCGCUGGUGGAUAUACGGAAGAGGACGGAGGACGCAGUCUGCUAUGCUGGGCUCCAGUCAGAAUGGGUGAGCAUCAGACCUACGUGAAGCUCAGUGAAGAGAAACUUAUCCCAAAGCCUGACAUCUUAUCUCUGUUGAGGACCUACAACUGCUACCACGAAGGGAAAAACUUCCAGCUGAGGACUCGCGAGGAGGAUGGAGAGCUCAUCCUCGAGGGGCUGUUGAACAUCUACUGGGGUCUGCGCCGACCUAUCAGACUGCAGAUGUACGACGACAACGAAAGAUUCCGUCUCAACCGAAACGAUAGAUCUGCUGUGGCAAAGCAGCUCUCAGCUGAGUCUAAUAAUAACUCCCUGGGCAGAGACACCGCACCAGCUAGUGGUGACAUAGGUGCUCAGGAGGAGGAGGAUUCUCCUCAGCUGCUGAGGACCAGGAGUGACGCCUCCUUCAUGCAGGUUCAGAGGAGGUCAAGGACACACACUGCCAGAGAUCUGCAGCGCUUGCGCACACACAGGUUCUCAAUCAAUGGACACUUCUACAACCAUAAGACGUCUGUAUUUACUCCAGCAUAUGGUUCAGUCACUAACGUGCGAGUGAACAGCUCCAUGACGACCACACAGGUUCUCAACCUGCUGCUACACAAGUUUAGGGUGGAGAAUAAAUCUGAAGAGUUUGUUCUUUAUAUGGUGCACGAGUCUGGUGAGAGGACCCGACUGAGGGAUGGUGAAUACCCGCUGGUGGCUCGUGUGCUUUACGGACCUUGUGAGAAAAUCUCUAAGAUCUUGAUCACGGAGGCCGACCUGGGAGAGGAAGUUACAUAUGAUGUUGCCCAGUACAUAAAGUUUGAGAUUCCUGUUUUAGACAGCUUCGUAGAGAAACUUAAAGAGGAAGAGGAACGUGAAAUAAACAAGCUGACCAAAAAGUACAGCGCUCUGAAAUCUAUGAUUCAACAUCAGCUUGAAGGCAGAGCUCACACCAGUGACAGAGUAUGAGUGUUCUUGUAUGCACUAAUGUAACCUGUGUGUGUGUGUGUGUGUGUGUGUGUGUGUGUGUGGGUGUGGGUGUGUGUGUGGGUGUGACUGUGUGACUGUGUGAGAGGGGAAGGGUGGGUUCAACACUAAUGAUUGUUUGAUUGUUGAUUAAUUAUGGGAACAUUGCCAAUGCUGUAGUGAAUGUAGAGGCAAAGGUAAAUGGGUAAAAGUUAAGGCUGCAAUAGAACCAUAUCAAACACCAAUGUGCUUCUGCUAUUAGAAUUACAUAUCUCAACAGUUUGUAUAAUCUGUUUUGUUAAUGUUAUUACAAUGAAGUGUAUCACUGCUUUGAUAUCUCUGCUGUUAACAUACUUGCAUUUUCUACAAAAGUUCUUACUGCAAGUUUGGAUAUUUAUACAAGCUGAUUUUGGUAAUGUUUUCUCUGACUUGGACCUUUUUAUGUAAUAAAUCUGUUUUAGUGUGGCC